UGACGUUUUGUUGAGUGCAUUUCUUUCUCUCCUCCAUUAACUUUAUUUUCUUUUUAUUGUAUUUGCAUUAUCGUCGCUUCAUUCGACUAUAUUCAGUUCUAAAAUUACUAUGCAUCGCUAUCAUAAGUAGUACGUGACCAGAAAACACCAUCAAGCUUGUGUUUUCCAAAGAAAGAAAAUCUCCGUCCGCGUAAAAAAUAUGGAUGGUCAGGACCAGAUGGAGAUGAAAUUCAGCGGCGGCAGUGAAGUCGGCGGGUUGGAGCUCUGCAUUGUCUGUGGAGAUCGAGCAUCUGGAAGGCACUAUGGAGCUAUCAGUUGUGAAGGUUGCAAAGGCUUCUUCAAGCGGAGUAUCCGCAAGAAGCUGGGCUACCAAUGUCGGGGCAGCAUGAACUGCGAGGUGACCAAGCACCACCGUAACCGUUGCCAGUACUGCAGGCUGCAGAAAUGCCUCGCCUGCGGGAUGCGAAGUGACUCGGUUCAGCAUGAGAGGAAGCCGAUCGUGGACAAGGUGAAGCCCGAGCGCGGCGAGGGUCUCCACGAGCGGCAGGCGUACUCUAAGCUGCUGGGAUUGACUGGGCAGCAGGGACAGAUAAAUCCAAAAGAAGAGCCGAGCGAAUUCGGCGCGGUGUCUCCCGCAGCGCCUGCGAUCAACUUCGCGCUCGCCGCCGCCGUCGCUUUCAACAAGGGGAACCCAGUGCCGGGCUAUUUGGGCGCCGGCGACAUGGAGGGCGCGCGUCGGCAACAACUCCUCCUGCAGACUCAACUUGCUAAAAACCUUUUUAAGAUGGGACAAUUCGGAGCUAUCAAUGAGUACCUGCAGUCCGCGUACGCGGCCCCGGAGGCGCCUCUCGCGCCCCAAGCUGAUGCUCCACAGCCAGAAGUGGUGGACCCUUCAGCAGUCCUCUCAACCCCGGAGUCCCUGACGUUACACAUGGCGCUGCCCGGGGGUGCUCCGCCACACUUAAGACUCCACGCCGUAUGCGAGGCAGGGGCUAGACUUCUGGCUGCUAUCAGUCGCUGGUUGCUGGCUAUACCUGCUGCGAGGGCUUUACCAUUCGAGAUCCAAGUGACCUUGCUCAAGAAAUGCUGGCCCGAGCUCUUCGUACUAGGGUUGGCCAAGUUGUCGUCAGCAUUGCAGCUGACUGCAUUGCUGCCGCAAAUGGUGGCGCACCUGCAGGCCGUGCUGCGCGAGCGAACCGGCAACACUGAGUGCGAGCGAGAACGCGGCGCCGAGAUAACUACUGCGGAUUAUUCUGACGAGCGAGUAUCUGAAGUGAGCAGCAUGCUGUCUCGCUUGCAACAAUACAUCGGUAAUAUGGAGCAGCUGCGAGUGAGCGAGAGGGAACAUGCGCAUUUGCGAGCGCUGUGCCUGUUUUCACCAGACGGCGCCCCAGACUUCCUAACCAAAAAGCUCCGCGAGCUGCAAUCGUCCGCGCUGCGCUCGCUGCGCACGCUGUGCGCCGCCGACGAGGAGCGCUGCGCCACGCUGCUGCUGCAGCUGCCCGUGCUGCGCGCCUUCACCGGGCCCUUCCUCGAGGACGUGUUCUUCGUCGGCUUCGUCGGCGACGUCAGCAUCGACGACGUCGUGCCGUACUUGCUCAAUGCCGAGCGCUGAGGUAAUUUCAACGUCAGCAACUUAGCUGAGGUAAUUAGCCUAAACUUAUAAAAGAAGUACUUUUAUAUGGAUAUUAAACUAUAAAAACUAAAAACUAUAUAAGUAAAAACUUUCUGUGAAUAUGUGAGGAAUAUUUUAAAUGUAUAAUAUUACUGUCAUAAAAUACAGUAAAAUCUGUGUGAUUUCUAAUGGUGGAUAUUGCAAUAUAACAUGAUUUGUUUCAUUAAAUCUAUGAUUUUACAAAGAAAAUAUAACGAUUUGAAUGUUAAUAAAGCUUUUAUAGCAGCAAUAUUAAGGCUCAAUGCUGAAUUUUAUCAAAUUAAAAAUUAUUCGUGUUAUCUUUAAAAUUGGUAAUGUCUGUAAAAAUUAUUUUAUGUAUUUGUUCCUUAAUUCGAGAAUAUUUGUUUGAAAUUUAUUUGGCGAAAGUUUAUGCAAUACAAAUUUACAGAUUGGUCAAUGUGGGGAAGACCGUCUACAAGCUCUUUCGUCGCUUUUAACUGUCGCGUUACAAACAUACCCCGCACCUACCCCACUUAAGCACUAUUUAUAGUCUGUAUCUUUAGGUAUUUAAAUAAAAGUAAACAAAAUCUACCCUCAAAUGGCUCCUUAAGCCAGUUGAGGGUAGAUGAAAACAUUACAUGAUCAAAUAAUGUAGGUUAGUCAGUCGUUCAGUGACAGAUUCGGGCGGUUUUGUAUUUGGUAACCAAUAAAUGUUAUUUAUAACUACCCGAAAAUGUACAAAUUAUUUGUUUACUUUUAUUUAAAUACCUAAAGAUACAGAGUAUAGACGGU